AAUGCAGCACAAACUACGUCCAACGGAAACUGCAUUUCGAUUGGCCUGUCACUGCAAGCCCCGCCUUCUCCAGAGCAGCAUAAUAGCUGUGUGGCUGUCACCGUGAACAAGACACUUCAACAUAAAGGAAGCUAAAAUGAUCAACUGGAAGGCUUUGGACAACGUUCCCAUCCUCCUCUACAUCCUGGCCCUGAAGACGCUGCUGCUGUGUUUGGCGUUCGCCGGGGUUAAGAUCUACCAGAGUAAGAAAGCAGAGGCGGCCCUGAAGAAGGAGCAGGCAGAGAAGAGGAGGUUAGCCCAGCAGACCCAGGCGCUACUCGACAACUUGAAGGAAGACUGAGCGGAGGAGAGACACUGCUGCACACCGGGAAACAUGGUAUCUGAGCAACAAGCCUCUCUCUCCAAACACGAGCCAGUCACCAGACUGUCAGCCACAGGAGGACGUUCCUAUGCUUCAGGAGGUUGUUUGUAGUUCCAGUACCAGGACUGCUCACCACAUCAGUUUUAUAUAUUUAUAUCUUGUGUAACUGUUUGACCGAACCAGGUUUUAAGAUGAGAUGAAAUCACAGCAGGAACCUUGUGAAGAGCUGAGUGACUGGUUUGUCUUCUAAGCAGCGAUGACCUCAGUGAAGGAACCACAGCAGGCUCAGCACCAGCUUCCCAAACAUCUACUCAACUCUCCAAACAUCUUCUGCCGCGUUUUUAACUCACAUCUGCACUUCAGCUCAGGCUGUCAUCACUGAGUGCAACACUUGAGGGAACUUCACUUUGUGCACCGGAAUAGUAGGGAGAUCCAAGCUUGGCUUAUGUCUAUAAAUACAGCAUGUUAUUCAUUAAUCAUGUAAUAUUGCUUGUAAAUUGUGACAAUUCUUUUGUAAUAUUAUAUUGAAUAGUUUGUUCCCCAUGCUACAGUGUUGUUCACCACAAGUGCCACUAAUGUUUUUUGUCUACUUUUGACCUAAAUGCCACUCAAAUGCAGUUUUUGCUACCGAAUGAUAAUCUGCCACACAAUGGCAGUGAAUAUUCCUAGACUGGAGGAAAUGUCCAUGGGCAAGUACAAUGUAAAUUCCUAGCAAAAUCAUACCAGUCUAUUUUAUGUAUUUAUUUAUUGGUAAAUAAUAAAUAUUCCAUUUGGAUUUUACAA